UUUCUUGUUCUCUAUUUUGGAAAGCAUGGUUACAUUAUUAUCGUUAUCGUACGGAUGACGAAAGUACCAACAUGGAAUUUCAGAAAACGGACUUCCAGUUUCUAGAUUUAAAUGAUAUACCUGAAAAAGAAGCCAAUGAAAUAUGUGAGAUACUAAACUGUACUGGUGAUAAUUCUUAUGUAGAGCUUCCCUGGAAGGAUGAAACACCCAUCAGUAAUUUCCCAUCAGCAUCAGAUAACGUGGAAUGUGAAAAUGAUGAAGAUUUGACUCUUGCAUGCUAUAUCGGGCAUGAUACCACAGUUUUUCCUCAGGUUGCAAAUGUCAACACCUCAGUGGCUCAUCCACCUUUUUUGCCUGUUGUUACUAGUGUUUCUUAUCUACCAGCAGAUCAGCCUUUUUCAUUCAUACCUAGCACUUAUCCAGUUAUUCCUCAGUAUUUAGGUUUACCAUUAUUCACACAGAAUAUUCCCCAGCAAGACUUAAAUACUGGGCAAACAUACCAUUAUCAAAUUCCGUAUCCUCAGCCCAUUUUGUGUGGUAACAAUUUUACAACUGUGACUUGUAGAACAAACAGUGAUAAAGUUAGUGUUGGACAAGAUUCAAAGCAAAAUGGACAACUUUGUGAAAAACAGUACCCUCGUAGGAACAGAAAAAAGCGUCCUUUUAACUGCUAUUCUUCUUUGGAAAUGUGCAUAAAUUCUGAUGCCUACCAGACAGGAUCAGUGAUUCUUGCAAACCAGUUAGCCAAUGUGAUUCCACUGAGUGACCACUCAGUCUUAUCUCAUAAUCCAGUAGUGCCUUUUAGUGUUCCACCCCCAAAUUAUCCAUUAACCAAUGGAACCAUACCUUUGCCUGGUAUAUUGUCAGAAUACCCACUUGAAAUGACAACAAUGCAGUAUUCUCCAAUGGCUCAUCCACAAACUGAAUCAGCACCAAUUUUCUGUGUUCCUGUGAUUCCCUCACCCUAUCAUGGUUAUAUUCACCACCCUACUCCUCCUCCUACUGUCCAUCAAGUAAUGGAUGGUAGUCAAAACUGUGAUGUGUAUUUACCUCACAUGUCAUUGUGUGUGACUGUAUCAGAAGUUCAUAAUUACAGUUAUUGUCAAACAACAGUAAGCAGUGAUAGUAAAACUACAGUAGCAAGUAUAGAUAAUUCUGUAAAUAGUUGUAUAACAGAACAUAAUAUUGAUGACAGUGCAGCUGUGUCACAGAUAAUGCAACCUAAAAAGACUGAAGUAGAAACUAAUGAUAUCCCAGGCUCAGAGUGGGGAGCUAAUAGUGAACAGUCUUUUACGCCCACCCCGGUUACAUCCGAGCCAGAAGUUGAGGGGAAGACAGAUUGUAUGUCUUCACCUAUUUCUGUGGUAUUUGAUGAGGUUCAGUCAGUUAGUACUCCUGAACACUUAUUAGAUCAGGAUUCAGGAGUGUCCCUGCCUAGCAAUGAUGAAGUAGAAACAUCAAUGAACAGUGGUCUUCAACAGCAUCAAUCAUGGGCAGACCUUUUUAAAAUGAUGAGUUUAGAAAAUAGCACUUCUGGAAAGGAAAACCUUGUGGAUGAGAUGAUGUCAUCAUCUGUUAUGAGUCACAGGACCUCAGAUGUUAAAGCAUGUAAAAUAGCAAAGAUACUGACCAGUCUUCGUUUGAAUCAUGCGGCUCCAUUUCUGAUACCUAGAGGGCUAGUAAAUCAUAGCAACUGGUGCUGUGUGAAUGCUGUAUCCUUCCUAAUGAUUUUUAGAUUUUACAGGAUGGUGAACAUGGUAUUACAGAUCUGGUAUAGGACUGUAAAAGUAACAGUGGUCUUUUCCCGUCACAUA